AUGAGAGAAGUCUUAUCAUUUUUUGUGAUAAUUCCGGCAGUGCUCUCGGCAAUUUCGGAAAAGUAUGAUCAACCUCCAGAGCUGCCGCCACUGAACGACGAAAACUUUUUUGACCGCUCCCAAUCCGAAUACGAAACUGUAUUGACACCGGAAGACUUCGAACUUGGCGCACGAAUUUCUGCAGCAAUGGCUCAUGACACGACGGAUGUGUGGGAUUCUGAUGCCAUGUAUAGCAAGGAUCGGUUCGAAGGAGAUAUCGCCAAUGAUAACCUCAACGCUUCAACAGUCGAUUUGUUCUUAAAUGGUGGCUCCGGGAAAAACGAGAACGGAAAGUGGUACAACGCUAUUAAAAACCGCCUUCAGCUUUGGCCUAAUGGCAGAAUACCAUACACAAUUUCAUCGCAAUACAGUAGUUACAGCCGUUCGCUGAUUGCUGCUUCCAUGCAAGAUUACGCCACUCACACUUGCAUUCAAUGGGUUCCAAAGGAAGCGAAUGACCUCAAUUACGUUCACAUCUACCCAGAUAGAGGAUGCUACUCAAUGGUUGGAAAAAUGGGAGGAAAACAAUCGCUCUCGUUGGGUUCUGGAUGCAUUCAAAAAGGAAUCAUUAUUCAUGAAAUGAUGCACGCUGUUGGAUUCUUCCACGAGCAGAGCAGAACCGACAGAGAUGAUCAUAUCACAAUCAUGUGGAACAACAUUCAACCAGGAAUGCAAGGACAAUUCGAGAAAUAUGGACACGGAACGAUCCAGUCCUUGGGAACAUCAUAUGAUUACGGAUCAAUUAUGCAUUAUGGAACAAAAGCGUUCUCAAGAAACGGACAGCCCACAAUGAUUCCCAAGAAACCCGGAGCUCAAAUCGGACAAAGGAAUGGAUUCUCAAAAGUUGACAAAUUUAAGAUUAAUACCCUUUAUGGAUGCCCUGUCGAAGGAGAGAAGCCUACAACCGCAGCUCCAGUAACUACCACCACAACAAAGCCAGCCGUUGUUGUCACUACUUCAAAACCAAUUUAUACUCCGCCACCCAUCAAUCCAGGAACAGGGGAAUGCAAAAAUCUGCGUGGAGAUUGUGACGACUUGGCAAAACAAGGAUGGUGCAUUAGAAAUCCAGGAUGGAUGCGUCAGCACUGCCCGAUUUCCUGUGGAAUGUGUAUUCCAAAGAAGAGCACACCUGCGCCAACAACGACAACAACUACAACUACUAGAGCUCCGUCAACAUCUCCACCAAAAUUGGUUACUAAUCCACCGACUCUUCCACCAGUUCCACCAAUCCCUGACACUGAUUGUGAAGAUCUUCGAGUUGACUGCCUCAUUCUUGUUUCUCAAAGAUAUUGCAAGAUUUCGCAGAACUUUAUGAAAUCAUACUGCGCCAAAAGCUGCGGAUUCUGCUACAAGCCGCCACCAACUGAGAUCCCAAUUGAUAGACCUGCUCCAACGGUUGUCACAAUGAAACCACUUGUCACACUUCCACCUGCGCGGUCGCGUUCUCCAGCUCCGCCCGUUCCCGUCGUCGUCAAAACCAGCAGCACCACAACGACCACGACCACGACUUCAGCCCCUUCAACUUCACCAAGUACUGCUACCACAGCCGGUUGUGCCGACAGAAAACAUUUUUGUACCCAUUGGAAGAGCGCGGGAUUCUGUGAAGGAAUCUUCAUGAAUUACAUGAAAAAGAACUGUCCAGCUUCAUGCGGGCUGUGCUAA